AAUGAGGCAGCAUCCCGGAUUGAGAAGAGCAUGAAAGCAGUGGUGUGUGUUGACGGAAGAUCUAAUGACCUAACAUCAACAAAUGGAAAAGUCCAGACUUCUGAGAUCUAUGAACUGCGAUCCAACCAGGAGGAGACAGACAGCCGGAUUGUCCUGUACCUCCACCAGGCUGUCAAAUGGGGGUACAAGUCCAGUGUGGUGAGGACACCUGACACAGACAUCCUGAUGAUCCUCCUCUACCAUGCCAGCAGGAUCAACCUCUCCAUCUACCUUGACCACGGCUCUGGCAAACAUUGCACACUGAUAAAUGUGACAGAACUGUCGGAAUCACUGGGCCCUGACUACUGUAGCACACUGCUGGGAUUCUACGUCUUUACUGGGGAGGACUGUACCAGCGCUUUUAAAGGCAAAGGCAAGGUGAAUCCCCUGAAGAAGCUGGAGAAGACUCCUAAACUCCACAAAGCUUUCAGGCAGCUUGGUGCAGACUGGAUGGUCACUGAUGAGCUUCAAGAGGAGAUGGAGAGCUUCACAUGCAUUAUGUAUGGCCAAGCACGGAUGACAUCAGUUGACACAGUACGGGUGAAAAUGAUGAGAAAGAUGGUCGGCGCUGACAAAGUCCUGGACUCUAAGUCAAAAGUAGACCUGGAACGCCUGCCUCCCCCCAAGGUCUGUCUCAUUCCACAUGUCCAGCGAGCCAACUACAGAGUCGCCUUCUAUAAGAGAGCAGACAAGGCAAUAAUCGAGAGCCCAAAACCACAUGAUCCAGGCAUGGGCUGGGAGAAGACAGGAGAAGAGGAGGUGUUGGAACCGGUCUGGGCAAUUGGACCCAUCCUCCCUCCUUCUCUUUUGAGGUACUGGCUCAGAGAGCACACAGCUCUUGACAAGGUGACCGAUUACGCCAACAAUAACUUGUCUGUGGGUGAAGUGGAUGGAGAGUAUGAGCAUGAGGAUGAAGAGCUGGAGAUGGAAGAAAUUGAAUUAGAAGAUCUCUUCAGUGACGAUGAGGAUGAUGAGUAGUUCAGCAAGUUGGUAGUGACAUGAAAAGGUAAA